ACAAAGUCCGUCCCUACUUCUAGUGUCAAACUCUCAACACAACAUAAUCAUAAACAAAACAAUAACAACUCUCAAGCCAGCCCAGGAUUACAGUAAAUUCAGUUAUUGGGUCUAUCCGCUGUUAUCUUUAGGUUUAUUGUUUCAGAUGUUUAAGUACCUAUACUUGUUUGAAAGACAUGUUUCUACUUGUACUUAUUUCUGCCAUGGCCUUCCUAUCUUCGGGAAUCUGCGCAUACUCAUGUGUUGAUGAAAAUAACAAUCCAGUUGACUGGUUUGUAAUCUAUAAAAUACCUGAGCUGAAAGAUAACAAGAAUCCUUUUAUUAGAGAUGGAACCGGUUACGCCUACUCCUCAUCUACCAAGGACACAGGAUGGAUUCUGUCUCAGAAGUCAAUAAACGACUCAACAUCAGUACCAGGAUUGACAUUAUCGUUUUUCUAUGAUGCCUCGUCUAGCAAUGUUUCAAAGGACACUUUAUUUGUACUCUACAAUGACCAGCCUCCCAAUGGUGAAACUACUUUGACCGGUGGUCACACUAAAGGGGUGGUUGUUGCUGGCAAGUCAGGAGGGUUCUGGUUGGUUCACAGUGUGCCUCACUACCCCCCUCCACCUGACACUGCGGCAUACAGCUACCCGCACACAGGGCUGCGGAACGGACAAAGCUUCCUGUGCAUCACGCUGAAACCCCAACAGCUUGAGACUGUAGGGCUACAGCUUAUGUUUAAUGACCCAAAAAUCUUCGCCAAUUCCACCCCAGUUAUGCUGGAUCCGCAAUAUCCUCAACUGACCAAGGCAGCACUUGGCGCAGACAUAACUUCUCCACCGUACUAUCACAGCGACACCAUCACUUCUUCUCAGGGAACUGUCUUCCAUACUUUUGCCAAAACGCCAAAAUUCGACAAGGACCUGUAUGCUGACUGGGUCGCUGCAGCUCUGCAGGCUAAUCUCCUCGUAGAGACUUGGCCCAACGGAGUAGGACGUCUGAACUCCUCAUGUGAUCACCCUUACAGUGUGGAGAACGUGGAAGGUGUCAACAUCAAUGUUGUAGGAGAAUCAUUCCACUCAACCAAGGACCACUCCAAGUGGGCCGUAUCUGAGUCGAAGGACAACCCCUGGAUUUGCAUUGGAGACAUCAACAGGGCGAUGACGCAGGCUCUAAGAGGCGGUGGCACUGUGUGUGUAAGUGACCCGAAGCUGUGGAGAGCUUACUUUGAGUCUAUCAACAGUGUGCAGAGCUGUCCCAAGCCGUCCGUGCAUCUUGUGUGAGAGUGGUUUGAGGUUAUGACUGGGUCAGACCACUAUCACAAAAACUAUUUGCAAGAAACAUAAGUUCCGGUGUGCACCGGAUUAGUAGGGAAGAAUAGUUUUAUUUCAAGCAGUAAUUGUAUACCGCAACCACGGCAAUAUCGUGAACUUUUAUUGUGCAGACAACCUGCCGAAUAAUUGUCGCAAUUUCACACUGUGAAUGCAUUAAAUGCAACUCCAGCUUGAACCCUGAACCCGUUGCUACUACUUUGGACGAAGUGUUACAAAUAUAUAAUUUUUUUCCAAGUGCCAAAAUCACGAUUUUAUGCAACGGAUAUUACCAAAAAGUACUUUUAAUAUCACAUGAGUAGAUUUUGAUAGCAAUGUAAGGCUCAAAGCAAACCAAGACCAAAAUUAUCAAAAAGUCCACCAAACAAUGUUUUAGACUAUAUUUACUUUUCCCACAAAGGAUUGGUAGUUGAAUCAAGUUUAUAUCAAUUAGGUAUAAAUUGAUGUGAUUACAGAAUAUUGUUGUACCUUUGUAAACGUAUUGACUGAAUUAAUAAGUGAUAGCUAUUUGGAUGUAUAACAUUUAUAUUUUUAUAGAAAGUAUUUUGAGAGAUAUAUUUAUUUAUAAACGUAUUAUUAUAUACCUAACGCAUCACAAAAUGUAGACCUACCUACAGAAAUAGUGUUAAGAUAGGUUUAACAAUAUCAGUAUUAUUUAGGCUAGCAUUUGAGUUAUUUUAAAUCGUCAUAUUUCUACAGGUAAUAAAAAUUAAUGCUAGUAGACUCUCUCUUAUCCGGACAAUGCUUAUCAGGUUUAGCCGGACUGGAUCAAAAGAAAGUGGGCGGUACUGAAACAACUUUUCUCGUGGGAAUGAUUUGAGACCAGUGAUCACAUGUCUAAAUACAAUGCUCUCCCAAAAUUUAAAUAAAAUAUUAUUAACUGGAAAACCCAUUAUUCGGUUAGGCCUUGGCCCCGAGGAGUACAGAUUAAGAGAAAGUCUCCUGUUAUUUUUAAAAUCAAUUGUUUUGUUAAUUUGGGACAUAGUAGAGUGCUUGUCAGAAACACUAGUAUUUUUAAUUCUGUGUUUAGAAUGUUAAAUUUGGAUACGAACAAAAGUGUACUGUCAUUUUCAGCUUUAUAUGUUAUAUUUAUUAGAUGUAGUUAGCAUUUUUUUUCUUUCAUAUAAGGUUUGAGAUCAAUACAUUACAUUUUAUGUAAACCAAUG